AUGACAACGAUCUUCGUCCAACUGCGCCGUGUGGUGUAUGUGUUGGUACUUCUGCAGCUAUGUGCUUGUGUGGUUUGCGCUGACGACACCGAGAAAAAAGAAGGUGAAAAACAUGCCGAAAAAAUCAAAGAGUGGUUGAAGAAAGUGGAUGAACAGGUACCAGGGGCAACGGCUUGUCAGAAAGUGGGAGAGCGAAACAAUGAGAAGUACGCGGAUGUAGCCACGAAUGUCUGGAAUAUUGCCAAAGAAGUGAAAGAGAGUGCCAACACGACGAGGGAUCUUGUGAAAAGAGUGGACGAGGGUGAUGAGGUUAAACGAAAGCUGAAUGAACAAGUGGGUGUGGUGAGCGAAAAAGUGAAGAAAAGCAAGGAAGUUAUUGCCACGGCACGAUCGGCACUUCAGGAGGCGAGGGUGUUGGUUGGUUGUACGGCUUUCCUUGGGAAUUUGCGGGAUCUGAGAUCGGAGAAAAGCAAGAACGAUCUGAAGUUCUAUACGGAUGAUCUGGAGGAGAAAAACAGGAAGUUCGACAGGUUGGAAUGGGGAGAUCUUAUUAACAGGACCAGAAAAACGGAAAGAGAGGUGGAUUUGCUCGUGCAAAACCUUACGUUCAGCUUGAAACGCAGUAGAGGUAUAUCCAACGAGGUGGCGCGAAGUUUGGGCGAUGCGUUGUCCGCAGCGGAGGAGGCGGUGCGACGGUUCGAGAACGUCAGGGAAAAGGUCAACAAGACACAUAGGGAUUAUGAUCAAAAAGUGGAGGAAAUAAAGAGCGAGAUGGUCACUGCGAUGCCGGUGAUUGGGGAUAAGAAGAUCACCAAAGCGGUCCCUUCAUUGAUUCCUGAGAAAGAAGGGGAGAACGCAACGAAGGAGGUGGGGUGGAAAGAAACAACAGAUGCGAAUGUUGGGGCGAGUCCGGUUACUGGGGCGCGCGUUCGGGAAUACCCGGACCAGGUGAACGCCAGUAAAAUUGUGAACGAAUUGAACCGGGUAUUGGAGGAGGAAAAAGAGAACUUGAAACAGAAAAAAAUGGAAGAGCAGAAAGCAUUUGAGGAAAAGAAAAAGGCAGAGAUAAGGCGGAAGGAAGAAGAGAGACGGGCCGAAGAGAAAGUAAGAAGGGCGAAAGAAGAGAAGGCAAGACAGGUGAGGGAAGAACAGGAGAAAAAGGCGAGGGAAGAGAAGGCAAGGAGGGAGAAGGCGGAGGCGGAGAAACUGGCCGAAGAAAAAAAAAGGAAACAAGAGAAACAGGCUGAAGAAGAAAAGGCACGAAAGGCAAAGGAAGGUGCGGAAAGGGCGAAAAAUGCCAAGAAUAAGAAAGACGGCAGUGUCCGUCUUGCAUUGAUGCACAGUCCCUUAUUGUUGCUUCUUCUAUGUUUGUUGGGUUGCACUCUCGUUUGCUGA